AUGGCCGCCGAGGAAGGAGGCGGCGAGCCCCAUAACAACAUGGGGAACCACCUCCAGCUGGUGCCCGCAGAGAAUGAGGAAGAGGAUGACAAUGAAAUGGAAGUUGAAGAUCAAGACAGCAGAGAAGUUGAAAAGCCAAACAUCAUCAACUUUGAUACCAGCUUGCCAACAUCACAUAUGUAUUUAGGUUCUGAUAUGGAAGAGUUUCAUGGCAGAACAGUGCAUGAUGAUGACAGCUGCCAGGUGAUCCCAGUCUUGCCCCACGUGAUGGUGAUGCUGAUUCCUGGCCAGACCUUACCUCUGCAGCUCUUUCGCCCUCAAGAGGUUAGCAUGGUGCGGAAUUUAAUUCAGAAAGACAGAACCUUUGCUGUUCUUGCAUACAGCAAUGCACGUGAAAGGGAAGCACAUUUUGGAACCACAGCAGAGAUCUAUGCCUACAGAGAAGAGCAGGAAUAUGGAAUUGAAACAGUCAAAGUGAAAGCAAUAGGAAGACAGAGGUUCAAAGUGCUGGAAAUAAGAACCCAGUCAGAUGGGAUCCAGCAGGCUAAAGUCCAGAUCCUUCCUGAGCGAGUGCUGCCAUCGACCAUGUCAGCGGUGCAGCUGCAGUCCCUCAGCCGGUGCCACCUUUUCCCUUCCUCCAGACCUACAUCCUGGCAGGACCGAGCCAUACAUCAGUGGUGGCAGAAAUAUCAAAAGAGGAAGUUCCACUGUGCAAGUUUGACCUCUUGGCCUCCCUGGCUCUACUCCUUAUAUGAUGCUGAAACCUUGAUGGAAAGAGUCAAGAGGCAGCUACAUGAAUGGGAUGAAAAUCUUAAAGAUGAAUCUCUUCCAACAAACCCAAUAGAUUUCUCCUACAGGGUGGCUGCCUGCCUGCCCAUCGAUGACGCCCUGCGCAUCCAGCUGCUGAAGAUCGGCAGCGCGGUGCAGCGGCUGCGCUGCGAGCUGGACAUCAUGAACAAGUGCACAUCCCUCUGUUGUAAGCAGUGCCAAGACACAGAAAUAACAACCAAGAAUGAAAUAUUCAGUUUAUCCCUGUGUGGCCCCAUGGCAGCAUAUGUGAAUCCUCAUGGCUACAUCCAUGAAACCCUUACAGUCUACAAAGCCUGCAACUUGAACCUCAGUGGAAGGCCAUCAACAGAGCACAGCUGGUUUCCUGGGUAUGCCUGGACUAUAGCCCAGUGCAGAAUCUGUGGGAACCACAUGGGCUGGAAGUUCACAGCUACCAAGAAGGAUAUGUCCCCUCAGAAGUUCUGGGGAUUGACAAGAUCUGCUCUCCUGCCUCGCAUUCCGGAAGCAGAGGACGACUCGGGCCAGGACAGAAGCCCCUUGCUCUGCCUGUGAGCCAGCACCAGCUCUGCAGAUGAACAGGCAGCACUCUGAAGUGCAUCUGCUCCGUUCUGCUUCUGAUGCUUAAUUGAACUUCAAAAGAAAACCCCAAGAACCCCUCCACAAGACCCCAGCAAGCAAGCAGGCUCACUGUUGGGAUUUGGUGUGCAUCCACAUCACUGCUGUUUUGGGGACACUGAGAGCUGGAGGUUUGAACUUUGGGAUGCCAGCUGAGGAGCAGAGGUGGCAGGAGUCACCAGGAAAUCCAGGAUCCAUCUGGACAGAUUUCAGACUGGACUUUCUCCUUCCUUGUGUGACUUUCAGAAAGUGUUGACUGCUGUCAGCUUCCAGUGGAAGAAGGUGGGGGGAAAAAACUCAAAUCACCAAGAAGCAGAGUCUAAUUUAUGCAAUAUCUGUAGGGUGGUAGACACCAGCUCCUUGCUGGGGAUUAUUUUCCAUAAUCUACUUCCAAGUGGUCUUGCUGAGAAUCCCUGUUUCUAAUAUGUGGAGUACUUCACAUUUUAUCCUCGUCCUGUUUCUCAGAUGCUUGGCUGAAGAGAAUCCAAGCUGGAAGUGUCUUUUCUGGCUGAUACUGUGCUGGUAGUGGCAGUGCUGCAACUGAUAGAAAGAGGAACUCCUGCAAGCCUUGCCCCACAGGAUGCCCUUUGAGAGGUGCCCAUGUGAAGUAUUUGGUUUUUCCAAGUCAUCUGCUCUAUUUAGUCUGACUUUAGAAGUCUUAAAUUUGAAAUAGUUUCUACAAACCAUACUUUACAAACUCUACACUGUCCUUUCCUGUUGAAUGUGCUUCUAUUUACUCCUCCAAACAACUCCUGUGAAGGAUCAUUUUGCCAACAGGGUUCUGUGAAGAACUCCCUAAAAUGGUGAUUUUUCUUUUUUUCAGUAGUAUUUAUUUGGAUAACAUCUCUUCAGUUACUUUCUUUUGCACUUCCAUACCAUGAAGUCACAUUUCCCAUUCUCACCAUUCCCCAGAGCAAAAGUUUCUCUAUAAAGCAGAAGUAAA